UUCCAGGAAGUCGGCAUUGAGAUGGUGCAUAUAAGAGACUUUCACAUUUUAAAACGACUUUUUACAUCUUCGAUCGUAAAAAAACUCCUCUAUAUUUCGUCUCGUCGUCGUGAAUUUUCUGAAAGUGACCUGUGAAAAAUACGGCAGAGAUACGUUCCGAAAGUCAUAUGUCGUCUGGAAAAGCGCGUGCAUUCCUUUAGCCUGCUCUAUCAACAACUUUACUGGUUCUCGUUCCUAAAUAUUUUUUUUUCUCAAGGAUACAGCGAGUCCAGUUCGAGUCGCUUUUAUUCUCUCCUCCCACCUACAUACGUUGCUGGGAUCCUCGGGAUGUAGAGUGUUCUACGGGGAUUUCCCCUCAGUCUUCCAGUAACCGUGAGGCGAUGAUCGUACGUACGACGAGUUACGCAGCUCAGUUGAAGCGCAGCUUAGUCUGAUUCCAACUGCCUAUCGGUUUAUACAUUCGACGUGCACAAUCCUUCCAGGGAGCGAAAUCAUGGGGGAUACGAAACCCAAAAUUGUACCAGCUCAUACUGAAUGCGCCACGACAGAUAACCAGUAUGCAGCUUCGUACUUAAAAACUGGUUCUAUGCGCGGUGUCAUGUACCAGAUGAGAAUGUUGACUUGGGCCUCGUGGAGAUUGACGUGUCAGAAGGAUGCAAAUAUCCGCAAUUGGUGGUUGGCCGCAGAGGUGCGCGACGCGCGCGGAUUUCAUGAUCUCGUCUUGAAAUACUCCACUAACAGCGCACCAAAGGAAGACGGAAGCACCUCUGAUGGAGAAAAAUAUAUGUAUCGUUUUAUGCAAAUCAAGCACAAAACGUCUUUGCAGAAAAACGCUACUAUCACUGAUUAUCAUUUGGUAUCCAAGCAUAAGCUACAUCGACAGAGCAGUCUGUUCUAUCUGUUCAGGGCCUACUUGAAUUUGCUAGGCAAUUAUGAAAAAAUCACACCCGAACAAAUCGUGGACUUGAUGAUCUUCACGAACAUGAACAUUAAGCCGUUUAAGUUUCUAGUGCCAGUGGAGAAUGACCCACUUUUUGGCUUCAAAGGAAAGGGCAAACGUUAUCGUCUCGACAUAAACGCAUUACGGAAGGAGCCGGGAAUAAUGAUAGCUAUGUACAACAUUAAUCAGGACGAAAAAAUCAUAGUUGGCUUCCUGAAGAAAUUGGUAUUUGUCGUAUGCCAGCCUUCCGAACCAGAAUUAGAAGAAUUGAUUGUCGAGGAUAUGGGUCAGACUUUCAACAAUCCGGAAAUUUUCUACGAUAAUCUAUAUAAGAAUAUAAUCAAUUGGUUCCUUGUUUACAAGGAUGGCAGGGCUCCAUAUCUUACUGAAAACCACGUAAUGGAAUAUUUGAAAAAGACGCAGGAUACAUUGUGGGAGGCAAAGAAAUCGGAAAUGCUUGUCGAUCCAGUUUCAAAAUUGUCGGAAAAAUUAAUAUCUUUACAUCUAUCAAAUGUCACUAUUCUUUAAAACUUUUAUCUUUAUAAAGAAAUAUUUAAAAAAAAUUUUAUUUUUGUUUUUAAAUUUAAAGUUAGUGAAUUUUAUUUUUUUGAGAUAAGGUGCUUUUUACUUCUCUUUAUUUUUAUUUCUCUUAAGAAAGCGGAUUAAAUAAAUUUUUUAAAGUCUUUUUGUGCAUUGCACUUUGCAUGAUAUAUGAGUGUGAUUCAAGUUUUAAGUUUUAUACUAGGAUUAUUUAGUAUAAUGAUACAUAAAACUUAUGUAAUAUUUAUUUCUUUUUGUGUAAUAUCAGAUCUAAAGUUUUAGAAAAAAAAGCAAUACAAGAAAUUUGAUCGAUUCAUUAGUUUAUUCGAAUUUUAAAGUAAAUCUUUUAUGAAGUACACGUAUACAUUACCAAUAUAUGUACAGUAAAAUAGUAAAUCAGUAAUAAAUCUCCAUUAAAUGUUUAUUGUUAUCUGUUCAAUUACAUAUUGAUUUACUAUUUCAGUUUAUGGCCGAAUAACUAUCGUUUAUCAUAUCGUAUGAAAAA